CCGUUAUCCUUCUCCCUCACUGAGAAGAAAAAAAAAAGUACAAUAAAACCUUCUAUAUUUAACAACUUGACCGGAAUAUGGCCUGCAGAGCUUCAUGGUCUGUUCCGAUAUUUCCGGCAACAAUCUUUAUUUUAUUUUUCAAGGAGGUUGCAAUUCUUAUGUUCUUUCAUAUUCAGUACUGUGCACCUUGCCCUUCUAGAGAGUUAUCCCGGUUCAAUAACGCCUACAGUAGCAUAGUAAAAAACUGGGGCAAAUGGCAAUGUCUCUUUGUUUGCUUUCACUCUUGAUUUUACGUUUCAUGCAGCCUGGAGAAUAGGAUGGUUGUUCAGCUAAGGAGCAAAGCCCCGUGACUGCUUCUCCUCGCGGGCAGUGGCGAUUUCAGCAAAAGCCGAGCACAUCCCCGAUAGUCGGGCCUUUGAUUCUUUAUACUUCAUGACCAGCAAAAAACAGAGUUCUUCAGCACUCGAUGUGAGUAGCGAUUCCCCCGAGAAUGCUACUUUUGGUUCUCGUCUUUUAGUCGACGAUGACGCUGUGUUCAGCCAUAAUGCCUGGGAUCAUGUCGAAUGGACUGAAGAACAAGAGGAAUAUGCGCAGGCGCAGAUUCAACGCCAUUUGGAUUCACCGGUUCCUGAAGAGGAGCAAGAGCGUUAUUAUGCUGAUCCCGCUGACUAUUGGAACAAAUUUUAUCAAAAGAACGAAAACCGAUUUUUCAAGGAUAGAAACUGGCUGAAGAUCGAGUUUCCUGAAUUGUUCCAAACCGCUGAUGCAGAGGCUGGCAAAAAAAGAGUAUUUGAGAUUGGCUGUGGUGCAGGCAAUACCAUGUUCCCCUUGCUAGCUCAAAGCGCCAAUCCGGACCUUUUCGUAUAUGCAGCCGAUUACUCCUCAACAGCCGUGCAAGUUGUACAAAGUAACCCCAACUAUGAUACCACUCGAUCGUUGGCCUUUGUCUGGGAUUUGGCCAGUGAUUCCAUUCCUGAACAAAUCGAACCGGGCUCGCUCGACAUCAUUGUCUUGAUUUUUGUCUUAUCAGCGCUCACACCUGAACAAUGGGAAAAUGCCAUCUCCAAUGUGCACAAGAUGCUCAAAACAGGAGGCCGCGUUCUGUUCCGCGACUAUGGACGUUAUGAUUUAGCUCAAUUACGCUUCAAGCAAAACCGAUUAUUGAAGGAGAACUUUUACAUUCGAGGCGACGGGACACGCGUGUAUUUCUUUACUUCGGAGGAAAUCGCGUCUCUGUUCACCUCAAGCUCGCCAGACUCGGGCACACCCCGAUUCGAAAUUGAGCAGAAUGCAGUGGAUCAGAGACUCAUUGUCAACCGUCGCAAAGAGCUCAAAAUGUAUCGCAGAUGGCUUCAAGGAAAAUUCAGAAAAUUAUGAUCGAUACACUUUCAUUUGAUGUAGAACUGUAAACCGAAACAUUUCAUUUUGUACCUUGUAUUUUUCAAUAGCAACAUGCAUCACAACUCCAGACUCACCAGUGUCUCGCUCUUGCCCGUCUUGACGAUGUCGCCAGACAAUGCUCGAGCUCAACAUUAUGAUUCACGACUGUGCUCCACAUUGUAAAUGCUAAAGGUGCGAUUAUAUACGUUCAGAUUAACUUUAUAGGAGGCAAAUUACAAAAAAUUAUUUUAUCAU